AUGUCUCUUUCAACAAGUUCUUCAUCAAUUGAGCCCAAUGAUGACAACAACCACAAAUAUGGGACGAGCCUUCCACACAGGAAUGAAGAAACAAAUUUGACCAUGAUGGUGAGCCAUCAGGAUGUUCAAGUCAAGCCCAUUCAAAUUUCCCUUCCAUCCUCCUCCUCCUCCUCAUCAUCAUUUGGAUGCAUUGAAGAACUCGAUCUCCGUGAUGCCGAAAACAACACAACAAGUAAUUCCAGAUAUACUCUCUGUGAUCUACCUAAUGAGAUCUUUGAUGUUAUUUUCUUCUUUUUAUUACCAUCAGCGGAAGAAAGAAAAGAAAGAUGUUUCAACGACUUGUUCUCAUUCCUCCGAGUGAAUAGAACAAUAAGAUCCAAGCUAAAAAACAAUGGAUACUUUUGGGGAUCCGUGUUUGCUCGUUUUCAAGUCUUUAUGAGUUGCUACUUGAUGGAUUUGCCUCUCUUUUUACCUUGUGAUGAGAAAUAUUCUAAUUUUUCGAAUGAUGAGAAGAUUUUAGAAGAAGAGAGCGAUUUAGAGAAUACCAAUGACAACAACAAAUUUUAUUAUUAUUCCAUUCAUGAACUAGCAGCUAAGCAAUACAUUGAUUGGUUGUACACAUUCUGUGAUCCUUCACUUAUUCGAAAGUUGGAGGUACCUUUACCAGUCGAUGGAAAUCCACAACAAGUUAUGAAUUUAUGGCAAAACCAUUUGUCAAAUAUUACACAUUUCUUGACCUUUCCUGUAAUGGAUUUUCCAAAUGACAAAUAUUUGCAGGCUUGUAAUUUUAAAUUCCAUUCCCUUACUCAUCUUGACGUUUUUGAUGGCUAUGUUGAUAUUAGCUCAAUUAUAAGCAACCAUCCCGGCCUUAAAAGUGUCACCUUAGAUGUUCCUUCCGAAAACACAUCACAACGUUUGAAAUCAUUUGCCGAAAUAUGUACCAACCAACUUCCUAAUUUAAAGAAAGUUCAGCUUUGUGUGCUUCAUUUGCAAUUGGAUGAUGAUGAAAUUUAUACUGCCCUCCUAUCAUUGGCACCAAAGCUAAAACAAAUUAAUAUUUAUAUUAAUUCAGAAGAGGACAUUUCUCGUUGGAAUACUAUUGCACAGAAUACACAAUGCAUGACACAUUUAUAUGUUAGAACUGCCAUGAACUUACAACUUGUGAACGAUCUUCUUGCUAAAAAGUACAGAGAAGAGUAUUGUCUGUUUGUUGUACCAAGUACUCUGAAACAGUUAGGUGUGCAUGAUCAGAUAAACAUUGGUAGCUUCUAUGAAGAGGUACCUGUGUCCGUGUGUCUCAAUGGUAUCAAUUUACCAUCUUUGACACAUUUCGAUUUGCAAGUGAGCUGUUUGAUUGGAGAUAAUCAACUUCCUUUCCCUAAAUUACAAGCACUAUACUUUGACUCUUAUGGAAACGCGAAAAUGCCAACUGUAUCUCUCUUUGAAUUUUGGGCGAAUCAGCAUGAAACACUACGAUCAUUAUUGUUCAAUAUUAUUUCAAAACCAGAGGAGCCUUUAGUGGACGUCUCAAUGGAAAAAACAUCAAUACAAUCUCCAACGAUAGUGUUAAAAAAGAAACCACUGCAAAUGAAGUCCGUGAAUAUUACCAUAGAGGAUUUUGAGCUUAUCAUUGAAGAUUGUCCAAGAAACCUUACAGUGGGCAAUGUCACUAAAAAUGUUUCAAUCACAGGUUCAAAUUAUGUGAACGCUGUUUCUCUGAAUAUGGGGUCUCAUCUCGAGAGUCAUGAUAUUUAUGUGAAUAUCAAAAAUUGUGAUACUUUAAGGACAUCACCGCCACUUAAUAACGUGACAAAAGCAACUCAAUUGAUUCAUGGACACUAUAAUUCAAUUAUCAUUGGAUCUUUUGGUGGCAACUUGGCCCUCUUACCGCACAUCCAGAUCAUGGACAUGACAGACCUUGUAAAUCUCUCUUUCAAUUAUUCAGGAAUUUUCAGCGAGAACGAGUAUGACUUGGCCAAUGUCAUUAGAGAAUUUUUAAGUAGAUUUUCCUCGAUCGCAUGCCUUAAAGCUACCUCAGAACAACGUACCUGUGAAUUUUUCAAUGUGAGAAGAGAAACCCUCAAUGAAGAGGUAUGCAAACAAAUGUUUUUGGCGACUACAAUCGGAAAAGAAAACAAACUUGUGACACAAAUUUCAAGGUUUCGCACAGAUUCCGACAUUAUGCGUUUACCAAAUUUAUCCAGCUUAAAAAUUACAGCUGGUUCACCACUCAUCUUAGAUCGCAUAACACUUUCACAUUUAAAGAUACUUGACAUUUCUCACUGUCAGUUGUCUGUAGAAGACGCGUCAGUAGUGGACUUGCAUUGGAUACCCUUUCUAAAGCAUGCCAUAUUUGUGGGCAUUCAUUCUGUUGAUAUUAUUUGCUCAGAUGAACAAGAGCAUCAUUACCUUAAAUAUUUAUACAUUUCACAAACUAACAAACUUAAUGCCAAGAUAUCCUUGCGUGGACCAAAUUUACGUGUUGUUUGCGUAACCAAGACCGAGUUGCAAGAAAAUUCCUUCAUCCGAAUCGUGCAUGCUCCAAAACUUGUGCUUUCUGUACUGCACAUUCCAAAUGAACACAAAUAA